AUGUCGCAGUAUAGUAUUAUUUGGCUCGAUGUGAAUUCGUCAGAUCUAAAGAGUAGCUUUCGUAAUAAACUGGUCGACGCUCAAACAUUCACCAAUGUAGAUCGUUGUCUUAAAUACAUUAGAUCUCAUUCAAAUGAAUCCAUUUAUCUUAUUGUAUCGGGUUCACUUGCUAAAGAAAUUGUUCCAGAGAUCUAUGAAUUUUCAAAUCUUAUACAAAUCUUUCUUUUUUGUGGGUCCGUUAGCAAUUAUGCAGAAUGGGCUAUGGAUUAUCGAGAUAAAAUAAUGAUAUUUGAUCAUGAAGAUGAUCUUUUAGAACGAUUAUGGAAUGAUUUACAAACUACAUUAUGUGAACAAGCUGAACAAUACUUAAAACGUGCAGAUGAAUAUAAACAACGAGCUUUACAAUAUAAACAACCAUGUGGUUAA